UCCAGAAGGCGAGGAUGCAGUGUUUGGAGUGAAGGAGGAGGAGGGAGAGAGAACUGAGAGAACUCCGGUGCGCUCUGCAGUGCGUUCCUGUCCGCUUUGCCCUAAGGUUGUGGUCGGCUUCAGUCAGCACCUGAGGCACACGCACAAUGUGAGGAACACGGAGGAGAGGAUCCUCCUUUGUAAUUGGCAGUCGGGCCGUGUCAACAUCAGGCAGGAGCCGUGCCCAGUGACAGGAUGCUCCACCCAUGCCAGCCGGCUGGACCGGCACAUGGAGUCGCACACAGAGCUCGACAGAUCGCAGAGGAGACGGGCUUUAGAGGAACUCAGGAGACGGCUGACCAUGGAGCGGCUGGCCACGUUGAGGGCGUCCAACCCUGUCGUCCCGCUGGCCACCCAUUUGGAUAUUGUGGAGUGGGAAACAAAGCAGGAAGAGGAGGACGACUCUUUAGAUUCACUGCUGUCUCCUUUGGAAGAGGAGGAGGAGGACGUGAGCUGCGGAGAUUAUUCCUGCCACUGCCAAGCGCCCAUCCUGAGGCUACGGAAAGCUUUGCAAGAGCGGGAUGAGGCCCUGACCAAGAGAAGUGCGACCAUCCAAUCCGUUAGAGAGGACAACCUGAAGCUGACCUCGGAACUGAAUAGAGCGAGGAAGAGGUAUCAGCUACUGAAAAGUCAGAAGACGACGAGUGUCAGGGCGAGGUCAGCGAACGCAAGGUCGGGGAAGACGAGGUCAGCGAAGAGGUCCAGAUUUCAGACCGAGCCGUCUCGUCCUGCGUCAGACACAGAACAAGAGGAGCUACAGCAGGACCAAGUCGUAGGUUCAGGAGCCCAGAUAGAGGAGGCCACGGCGCCCAAAUCUAGCAGCCAAACUCCCUUCCCGGGCUCUGCUCUGAGUGUGUUUAUAGAGGGGUUCAGGAAGAUCUGUGAAGGCCCCAGUCCAAACAAUAAGCUGAAGCAAAAUUGUGCCGCGAAGCUCAAGAGGGUGCAGCAAUUUUUGAAGUUCAUGGCGAAGGAUGAGAAAUAUCCAUCCACUCUCAGUUUCCUGACAGACCAGGACAACAUGAGGAGAUGGUUUCAGACCCUUCAGCAGAACAAGGCCGUCGCCACGGUCAACCACUACACCUCGACUAUCGGUGCAUUUCUCCAAUACUCAGAGGAGACCCCUCCGCCUGGCUGCCGGCUGACCAAAAGCCACUGGAAGGAGAUCAACCGGGCAAUGAAGGAGAUCAACAAGUCCGUGAAAGGAGCCGUCUCCAACAAGGAAGGCAAGGGGGUGUCUACAAAGAGCCUGCUGGAGUGCCAGUCUCUUGCCAAGGACAAGAUCCCCCAAGUGCUGAAAACCUUGGAAGAAACUAUGACACAGAAGAACCAGAACCGGUUUUACGGAUUCCUGUGUGCCUAUUUCACCUCCAUGUACGGCCACAGCCCGGGCCUUUAUAGAAACAUGAUGGUGAAGGAGGUGGAGGAGGUCCAGCGUGGCCUGUCUGGGACCUGUCUGAUCAACGUGGGAAACGCAAAACAAAUGCAAACCAGGAUCCAGAUGUCGCUGACCAAGGAGGAGUACUCUUGGUUUUCAGACUUCCUGAAAUUUAAGCACUGUCUGCCAGGGGGAAAUAAAGCCCAGUACUUCUUUUUCAAUUCCACCAACACUGAGAUCAAGAACCUGCCCGUCUACCUGAGGGAGGCGUGGAAGGAGAUGGGCCUGCCUGGAAGGCCUUCCUUCACUGACCUGCGGACUUCCAUCUUCAGUCAUGUUAAAAACGUUCUCCCGAAUGCCGACGGGGAAACGUUGGCCGACUUCGUGCGCCACGACAGCCGGAUGGAAGCCAAACGUUACUCAAUGAAUCCUUCCAAAGCCGGUAAACCAGCGCCUUCCUUGAGACGGCGUUGAAGGGAGAAGAUACCGCACCACGGGCGCCGCAGAGAACCAGCCAUCCACCUCCAGAAAGCAGAAGACGAGAGAGGACGUCUCCGAGCGGAGCACCACCCCUGAAGAGACCGAGGUGCAGUACUAGGAGUCUGGCACGUCCCCCAGGGAGGAGGAGCAGGAACGGACGGCCAGACAAACUCUAGGAAAACAAGAUAUUCAGAGACAACGCAUUAGAUUACACUUGUACACCGUUUAACACUCAAGAACAAACAGAUACUCGGGCGUGGUGGUCUCCUCCAACUGAAGGGCAUGGUGGUCUCCUCCAACUGAAGGGCAUGGUGGUCUCCUCCAACUGAAUGUCGCCGCUCGCCUCCCACUGUGUCAGGUUAUGAAGCAGCUGAGGUCCAUUUAAAGCCCCAAACAGACUCCAGGAGAAAGAAGGACGAGGAAAGAGGGGGGGUUGACCUCUGACAGUCAGGUGGAAGAGGGGGGUUGACCUCUGACAGUCAGGUGGAAGAGGGGGGUUGACCUCUGACAGUCAGGUGGAAGACGGGGAGCUGUCUUCUGACAGUCAGGUGGAAGAGGGGGUUGACCUCUGACAGUCAGGUGGAAGAGGGGGAGCUGACCUCUGACAGUCAGGUGGAAGAGGGGAGCUGUCUUCUGACAGUCAGGUGGA